UAAAGAGAAGCUUCCUGAUGUGAGAACCACUACCAUUAUUAACUGUCGGAUAUAUCUCGUUGUAAUCCGACAAUUCGACAGUCUAGCCAAUUGGUCCGUACAAGUAGAUCUCUUAUUCGGGCGUAUUUAAAUAAUGCCAAAUCUAUAUAUUGAGUUGUAAUCGUAAAGUCGGACCGAAUCAAGAUAAUUUUUUUCGAGUAACACGAUUUCGUAAGCAGAAUAAUCGAACGAUAAAUUCUCAGUCUUAAUGAGACACGCAAACGCGAUCGAUUAGAUAAGUCAAUUUUAAGCCCAGCAAUCUUAUUAAAAUUCGUCUAUCCGAUUAGAAGGGGCAGAACACGACGAUCUAUUUUGAGGAACGAGUGGCGAUUCCGGGAAUGAAAAGAGAAAAAUACAACAACAAGGCACAAUGAUAAUAGUGUUGGCUGCAGUGAUUUUGACUCUUUUAGUUAUGAUCGUCAUAUUACGACAGAGAUCGAAUUAUCCAUCAAAUUAUCCACCAGGUCCCUUUCCAUGGCCAGUUGUUGGGAACACAUAUUAUUUUCAAAAAUUGUCAAAAAGACUUGGCGGAUCAUAUUUUGCCUUUCUAGAACUCAGCAAGCAAUAUAAUAGCGAUAUCAUCAGUCUACGAUUAGGCACCAGCGACACGAUUGUUGUUUCGAACUAUAAACUUAUACAAGAAAUACUUAGCAAAAAAGAAUAUCAAGGACGUCCUUGGAAUGAGUUCAUAAAAAUACGAAACAUGGGAAUGAAAAGAGGGAUCACGAUGAAUGAUGGUCAAGAUUGGAAAGAACUACGCUCUUGGUCGGUACGCAUUCUAAAGAAUGUUGUUUUCGCUAAACAAGAAGUGAUGCAGCUCCUUUUGGAUGAGCUGGCAGUUAUCCUGGAGAAACUAAAAGACGGUGGCGUGCAAAAUAUACAAACCAUAAUUGCACCAACUGUAAUAAACGUUCUUUGGGCCCUAACAACAGGAAUGAAACUUUCUAAAGAUCAGUCAAGAUUACGGAAAUUUUUAGACUUGAUGAAUCGUCGCUCACAAAUUUUUGAUAUAACUGGUGGGAUUUUGUCCACUUUUCCUUGGCUACGUUUCCUCGCUCCUGAGAUUUCGGGAUAUAAAACCCUUCUCGAAUUAAACAACAAACUUAAGAACUUAUUAAUGGAAACUAUUAACGAACACAAACAACAAUAUGUCAAAGGAAAAGAGAAAGAUUUUAUCGAUGCGUUUCUCUACGAGAUGUUCACACAACACGACAAGAAUUCUGUGUUUUCAGACGACAAUCUCAUUGUAACGUUGCUCGAUUUUUUCAUCGCUGGAACGAAGACCACGACAGCAACAUUAGAUUUUCUCUUUAUGCAAAUAGCCAAUCAUCAGGACGUGCAACACAAAUUGCAUGAAGAGAUCGAUGUCGUAAUCGGCCCCAAUAGACUUCCUACUUUAGAGGAUAGAGUAAAAAUGCCUUUUACGGAGGCUGUAUUUACCGAAAGUCAACGUAUGUGGCUCGUUACACCUAUAAUUGGCCCACGCCGUGUUCUCGAUAAUACGACACUUGGAAAUUACGCGAUACCAAAGAAUGUUACCGUUUUAAUGAAUGUAUUUUAUAAUAAUAUGAAUCCAGAAUUAUUUCCUAAUCCGACUUUAUUCAAGCCAGAAAGGCAUUUGGAUAAGCAGGGCGCUUAUCGAAUGGACCAAAAUAUAAUACUAUUCGGAAAAGGGAAAAGAAGAUGUCCCGGUGAAGCAUUGGCGAAAAGUGCUUUGUUCGUAUUGUUUGUCGGUAUAAUGCAAAAGUAUUGUUUACUUCCAGUACCAGGUGAAAAAUCCAUCAAAAUAGAACUUACCAAUGGAUUGAUAAACGUACCAAAGCCUUACCAAGUAUUAGUUGUUCCAAGAUAAUAUGAUAAAUAUAUAAUAUGAAUGAUAUAUUCAAAUUUGUAUCAUAAAUGUUAAUUAUGUAUUCUACUUAAAAGAAUUAAUUAUGUAUUCUACCUAAAAGAAUUUGUUUCGAAUAAAUUUUAUCUUGUUUAAUAAG